GAGAAAACAUCGUGAGCGCCAAGAGAUGGCGCGAGGAAGACGUUAUGGUGAAUUACAAAUCUAACAAAACUGCUGCAGCUAAGCUGGAGAAAAAGAGGAAAGAAAAGCAAGAGCGCCCGAGACAAACCUGGGCACCGCGACUGUCGUUUGCAGUGAUGCAUUUUGGUUGAAACACGAAAAAAGAAGAAAAAGAAUCGCCGCUUUUCGGAUACAACCAUACCCAUAGCCAUAACUGCAAGCAGGAAUGUUAUCAAACGAAGCAAUUUUAGAAAAUAUGCCCUUUUAAACUUGAAUAAUUAUUUAAUUCUUCAACAGAACCUACACCUUUUAUUAAUGGAUGGAAACGCGUGCGGGAGCCGGAGUCGGAGAGCAGCGCGCUUCCCGCUGCGCCUCCAGUUGCGGGCGCCGCUGACCGGCUGCCGCUGGACACGGACUGAGUAGGACGGCUCUGACCGACAGGUGAAGCCGGGAGCAGCAAUCAAACCCCGCACGGUGCGGGAGGCGCCGUCGGUUAUUCUGCAAUAAGCGACUGAUAAAAGCAAUAAAUUCAGCAGCCAAUAAGUGACCCGCUCAGCAACGGGCGAUGCGGGGAGUAACUUCGGGAGAGGCGGCGCGGGCGACCGCCUCCCGGCAUCUGCCGCCCGGACAGUUUAACCGUUUAAAAGGUUGGAUGUGAACAUAACGAGAAAUCUUUCUGGUGUAAUAUGAUUGUUUUGGUGCCAUUUGGUUUAUAUAACAACAAAUCUUCAAACUAAAAUAAUUCAUAGAGAUCAUGCCCUGUCUACAUUCGCACUGUGAUUUUUCCCAUAACGGCUAAUAGUUCUCAUGUUUUAUCUGCGGACAUUUGGAACAGCGUCUCGUGCGACAGCACCAGACCGGAUUUUAUUGUCGAUUUUGAAAUAAGCCCCUGAGGGAAAUAUAUAAGUAUUUAUUUUAAAAAUAUAAUAUUUUACAGCCAAACCACAACUUUUGAAUCCGGUUCAUAUACUUUAAGGGAUCUUUAUAUUUUCUCUCUGAUGGAACCGCCGCCGUGCUCCAAGAAGAGCCUGGCUCUGUCCCUGCCCCCCCGGGAAGGGCACGCGACCCUCCGACCCCCGCAGCACCUCUGGCGGCAGCCGCGGACCCCCAUCAAAAUCAAACACCGCGGAUACUCGGACACGGACCGCCAUCACCACCGGCACAUCGAGCGCGCUAAUGCCGUGGACACUUGCGACCGUCCGGGACUGAAGAAGUCUCGGAUGUCGUGGCCCGCUUCCUUUCACGGAACCACCAGCACAUCCAGCGGAAGUUGCGUGGGAAAUAAACGCUUUGAUGUGGAGAAUGGCUCGUCUCCAGGCCCUCUGGAUUUGCAGACAAGUCUUGGUCUCGUGCUGCACCCCUCCUUCCCUCAGAGUGGGCGCCGUGAGUCCUUCCUCUACCGCUCAGACUCUGACUAUGACAUGUCCCCCAAGAGCAUGUCUCAUACCUCCUCCAUCAGCAGUGAGGCACAUCCGGAGGACCUCAUAGUAACCCCGUUUGCUCAGGUGCUGGCCAGUCUCCGCACUGUAAGAAGUAACUUCACCAUCCUCGCCAAUGUCACCACACCCACCGACAAGAGGGCACCACUGGGAAGCCAACCUACCGUUCCCAAAGCAACGCUUUCAGAGGAGACGUAUCAGCAACUGGCUCGUGAGACUCUGCAGGAGCUUGACUGGUGUUUGGAUCAGCUGGAGACCCUCCAGACACACCGCUCUGUCAGCGACAUGGCCUCCACCAAGUUUAAGAGGAUGCUAACCCGGGAGCUCUCUCACCUGUCUGAGAUGAGCCGCUCCGGAAACCAGGUGUCAGAGUACAUUUCCAGCACCUUCCUGGAGAAGCAGAGCGAGGUGGAGAUCCCGUCCCCACCGCAGAAGAAGCAGCAGCACAGUUAUGUGAGGAAGCUGCCGCACCGAUCCAGCCUGAGCUCCACGCUGCCGCACCGAUCCAGCCUGAGCUCCACGCUGCCGCGAUUCGGAGUGCAGACAGGACGGGAGGAGGCCCUGGGAAGGGAGCUGGAUGACUUGAAUAAGUGGGGCCUUAAUAUUUUCCGUGUUGCUGAGUUCGCAAACAACAGACCUCUCAGCUGCAUCAUGUUUACCAUAUUCCAGGAGAGAGACCUGCUGAAGACCUUCCAGAUCCCGGCGGACACCUUUAUCACCUAUGCCAUGACCCUGGAGGACAAUUACCAUAGCAACGUGGCAUACCACAACAGCCUGCAUGCUGCUGACGUCACACAGUCCACACAUGUGCUCCUGUCCACGCCAGCGCUGAAUGCUGUUUUCACUGACCUGGAGAUUCUGGCCACACUGUUUGCCACUGCCAUUCAUGAUGUGGAUCAUCCAGGGGUGUCAAAUCAGUUCCUCAUCAACACCAACUCAGAGUUGGCAUUGAUGUAUAAUGAUGAGUCGGUCCUGGAGAACCACCACCUGGCUGUGGGCUUUAAACUGCUGCAUGAAGAAAACUGCGACAUCUUCCAGAACCUGAGCAAGAGGCAGAGACAGAGCCUGCGCAGGAUGGUCAUUGAUAUGGUGCUGGCUACAGAUAUGUCCAAGCAUAUGAGUUUGCUGGCUGAUCUGAAGACGAUGGUGGAGACAAAGAAGGUGACAAGCUCGGGAGUGCUGCUGCUGGACCACUACACUGACCGCAUACAGGUGCUGAGGAACAUGGUGCACUGUGCGGACCUCAGUAACCCCACCAAGCCGUUAGCGGUGUACAGGCAGUGGACAGAGCGGAUCAUGAAGGAGUUCUUCCAGCAGGGAGACCGAGAGCGAGAGAGAGGCAUGGAGAUCAGCCCCAUGUGCGACAAACACACGGCAUCUGUCGAGAAAAGCCAGGUGGGCUUUAUUGACUACAUCGUACACCCGCUGUGGGAGACGUGGGCAGACCUGGUGUACCCGGAUGCCCAGGACAUCCUGGAUGCACUGGAGGAGAAUCGCGACUGGUACCAGAGCACCAUCCCGCUGAGCCCUUCCCCCCCGGCCCGCCACGCCGACCGGGAGCUGCCGGAGUUCACGCUAACACUGGAGGACCGUGCCGAGGAGCAGGAGGGGGAGGUGAUGGAGGAGGCGUGUCCCCAUACUGGCACAGGUCCUGAGGAGCAGGAGGAGUCUUCCUCCCCAGCUGAACAAACGUGAGGAAGAGGAUCUCCUUCCCACCUCUGCCCUCUCCCAAACUGUCCUGGACAUAAGCAUUGCUGGGGAGAGGGGUGUGUGUGUGUGUGUAUGUGGGGGGGAGGGGGGGGCGUCAGUAUUCACACAGGCACCUCCAAACCCCCAUCACAUACAUACACACCCACAUUCAGUUACAGCUUAUGGAGAAAAAGAACUAUUAAAGACUAUUAGAUAUUCACAUCUAUUUUUCAAAAAGGUAAUAGAGAUUACAAGUAUUACACAGAAACUGUAGAAAUAAUAUUGAUAGCAAACAUUUUAUUUACACAGCAACUGUAGAUUUGGAAUGGGUGCUGGAGCCCCUCCUGCAGGUGAGGUGAAGAAAUGCAGACGGGCCUUCGGAGAUGUUGUAGUGCUCUGGACUUUAACA